AUGGCGCCAGCAAGAAAGGCUGCAGCCGGCAAGGCCUCGGCCGCUGCCACCACGACGGCCGCGGCGACCAAGAAGACGGCCUCCGCCCGCCAAGAAGAAACGCGCGCCAAGACCGACAAGGCGCUGGACGCUGCGGGGGAGCCCAAGAAGAGGCUGCCCAGCAAGGCGGCCGCCAAGGAGCAGGCCGAGGUGACGCACAAGGAGGUCAACGAGCCGACGCCCAAGAAGAAGGCGGCCACCAACGGAAAGAAGCGGGCGAGGGAGGCCGCAGACGAGGACAAGGACGAUGGGUCCGCAGAGGAGGUCCAGGCGGCUGCUUCCCCGGCCGCGGCCAAGAAGGCGGCCACGACGACGUCCAAGAAGCAGCAGCAGAGUGGCAAGGCAAAAGCGGCCGCUGCAGCUGCUCCAGCUUCGGAGGAGGACGAAGCCGCGGAGGCGGCAACAGCGCAAGAAGAGAACGACGAGGAGGACUCAGAGGAGGCGGACGAGGCGCUGGACGAGUCCGAGAUCAUCCGGGGCCUGUCGGACGUGUCGGGCAGCGAUGACGAUGCCGAUUCGUCCGACGAGGAGGACGACGAGGAUGACGUCGAGGCGGGCAAGAAUGCCUCGAUCCUCACCGUCAAGCUGCCCAACGCCAAGGACGACCACAGCGUCAAGCAGCGGCUGGACCGGGUGGCCAAGCGCAAGGUGGCCAACCGGACGGCCGAGGUGCCCGCCACCCUCUACUUUGGCCGCCUGCCGCACGGCUUUCUCGAGGACCAGCUGCGCAGCUACCUGUCGCAGUUUGGCGACGUGCGGAGGCUGCGCGUCAGCCGCAACCGCAAGACGGGCAAGCCCAAGCACUAUGCGUUUGUCGAGUUUGCCGACCGCGACGUGGCGGCGAUUGUGCAGGAGACGAUGAACAACUACCUCAUCGACGGCCACCUGCUCCAGGUGCGCGAGGUGCCAAGGGACAAGAUCCACCCCAAGCUCUGGAUCGGCGCCGACCGCAAGUACCGCCCGGUGCCCGUCGACCGCCUGGAGCGGGUGCGCAGGAGCCAGCCAAAGACGCCCGAGCAGCAGGCCAAGAGGAACCAGAAGCUACUCGAUCGCCAGGAGGCGCGCCGCCAGAACCUCAAGGCCGCCGGCAUCGACUACCAGUUUGAGGGCUACACGAUCGAGGCCUGA